UGACGGUUGUGUUGUGAAAUACGUUCAAACGCAUACCUACGAGUGUUUUAGUUAUGUGCAGUUUUUAAAUCAACGGAUAGGAAUACAAAUACUUUCUGCAUUACCUGCUAUCUCCUGUUGAAUAUCAACUAUGUACCCCGCCGGGAAUCGAAACGAAGCAGCUUGCAUCUGUGAGUGUUUGCGAGAUGCCUCUAGAGAUUGGCACUCCUAUUAUGCCGAGACGAUUGAAAUCUUUUGUUGCUAGAUUUGUCUGGUGUUUAAAUAACAACACUGAGAAAACAUGGAUGACCGCACCGUAGAUCUCAUUUUUGGAGGGUCGCUCAAGUCUCUUCCUCCAGUCAGUUCGAAGAUAGUCAGGAUAUUUACCAGUUCCACCUUCACAGAUACAACAAUGGAAAGAAAUACAUUGAUGGCGAAAUGCUAUCCCCGGAUCAAGGACUACUGUCGCGAGAAGCAUGGUCUUGAGUUUCAGGUGGUGGACAUGAGGUGGGGAGUUCGAGACGAAGCCACGGAUGAUCACAUGACAACAGAGCUGUGUAUGAGAGAAAUAAAGAAUUGUCAACGUUUAUCUAUGGGACCAAAUUUCGUUGUGUUUCUGGGGCAGAAAUAUGGUUACAGACCCAUCCCAACCUACGUGCUGUCAUCAGAACUGCAAAUGCUUCGCGACGAAUUAGCAGCUGGGGGUGUCGACGUCAUCCUGCUAGAUACCUGGUACAAAAAGGAUUCGAACGCCGUACCACCCGUGUCAGUUCUACAACCUAUAUCAUCUAUAUUGCUGAAUUUUAAUAACAAGAGAGUUCCGAAACUCCAAGCUGAGGACCAGGCCAUCUGGUGGGACACUCUUGGCAAGAUGCAGAAGCUGUUCAGGAAAGCUUCCCUGCAACUCUUCAACGCUGGAAGAAUCGACAAGGACACAAUGCACAAUUAUUUUAUGUCCGUAACUGAACGAGAAGUUAUCAACGGAGUACUAAACGUGAAGAAUACUAAGAACCAUUGCUUGGCGUAUGUCCGGUACAUCAACAACAUAAACCUGCAGAAUCUGAAGAAAGCCAGCAACUUCGUGGAUAUCCUCAACCGGAGUCUAGACGCUGAAGCAUCGAAGCUGCUUGCAGAUCUCCGAGAUGUGAGACUACCAGAGAAAAUAGAAACUACUAAUAUACAAAAGUACACAGUAGAAUGGAUAGGUCGAGAGGGUCUCGACAAUGAAACCCACGGAGAGUACCUUAACCAUUUCAUAUCUCAUUUCUACAAGAAUAUCAUCAAACUUGUCGAUAGAGCCAUGCGCAAAGAAGACAGCAGCGCUCAGGGCCAGAUAGUGACAGAAAUACUGCAGCAUCUGCAUGCUUGUAAUAACUCUGUUAAAGUUUUCCACGGCCGGGAACCAGAUCUCAAUUUUAUCGAGGACUACAUGAAGAACACUUCCGAUAAGCCAUUGGUAUUAUAUGGAGAGGGUGGGUGUGGCAAAACAAGUUUACUGGCUAAGAGUUCAGCAAUGUCUUUGGACACUUGGUUCGGUGAAGUUCGGCCUACAAAUAUAAUUAGAUUUCUGGGUACCACGCCUGACUCUAGCGCUUUGACACCUACCCUCAUUUCUAUAUGCCAACAGAUAUCAUACAACUUCGCAUUACCAUUUGAGACUAUCCCUGAUGACUUGGUUCCUCUCACAGCACAUUUCAAGCAACUGCUGACGAUGGCGACGAAGGAACAGCCACUUCUUCUGUUUCUGGAUUCUGUUGAUCAGCUAACUGGAAUCGGGACUGAGAAUAAUAAAGUCUCAUGGUUACCGACUAGAUUACCAGCGCAUUGUAAGAUAAUAGUAACAUGUGCAUGUGAAGAAGCAAAUCCCGACGUUUCUAAGGAAUACGACGUACUGCGUCGUAUGAUAGAUUCCGAAGAGAACUUUCUAGAAGUCAAAGCUUUAGGUGAAGAUCUAGCGAUGCAAGUGUUGAAAUUGUGGAUGGCGGCAGCGGCCCGUGAUCUAUCCAACUACCAAUGGCGUCUCGUCUCCAACGCGAUUGGACAAUGUUCGCUGCCUAUUUUUGUAAAAUUGGUAUUUGCCGAGGUUUGCAGAUGGAGGAGUUACACAAAACCUCAAGAUACACAUUUGGCAUCAACUGUCAUGGAUUCUAUAAUGAUGCUUUUUGAGAGAAUUGAGAAACAGCACGGUCGUCUCUUAGUAUUCCAUGCAUUGGCCUACAUAACGGCAGCACGGAGUGGUCUUUCAGAGACUGAGCUAGAAGACUUAAUAUCCUUGGAUGAUAGAGUGUUGGAUGAUGUCUAUCAGUACCAUUUACCGCCUGUCAGGAGAAUACCGCCCUUGUUGUGGACUAGGAUACGCAACGAUCUUCCCAACUAUCUCUCGGAGCGCGAGGCGGACGGUGUUUCCGUGAUGAACUGGUACCACAGACAGUUCCGGGAUACCGCCAGAGAGAGAUACUUCAAGAACAUGAACAUGGCAAUGUACUUCCACUCUAUGAUUGCCGAUUAUUAUUUAGGUAUUUGGGGUGGUGGAACCCCAAAGCCCUUUAAGUACACCGAAAUACAGCGGCACCGAUUCAACCUGGCUGAUAAGGAAGGUGUGGCUGAUCGAAAGGUUCCCCUGCAGCCUUUGGUGUUCUUGUCUGCUGAUGGAAGCAGCAAGAGAUAUAAUUUAAGAAAGUUUGGAGAGUUGCCGUUUCACUUAGUCCGUUCGAAGCGCUUCACAGAUCUAUACGCCGAGGUAUUGUUCAAUUACGAAUGGAUCCAUGCCAAACUCAACUGUUGCCCGUUGCAGGCGGUUCUCGCCGACUUUGAAGAUGCCAAACUACAUGUCAACAAAGAUGGUGUUAGGGAGCUAAUGCUGGUAGCCGAUGCCCUUCGACUUGGGGGUGCUAUACUGGGCACAUACCCAGAUAUGCUUGCCCCGCAACUAGUCGGCCGGCUUUUGCCAGAAGCUCCCCACAACCCUGCAGUGUCUUCUCUCUUGAAACAGUGCCAUGAUAAAGGCAAGAAUCAUUGCGCAUUGCUGCCUUCGCACCAUUGCCUGCAUACUCCAGGAGGGCCCUUGAAGUAUUCCCUCGAAGGGCACCAAUUCGCUGUGUUCGCAUUUCGUCUGAGCUCAGACAAGAGAUACGUUGUAUCAAUAUCUAGCAGGGUCAUAUCUUGGGACCUCUCGACGUCAGACCUGGCGCGAGACCUAUGCCCACAGCUGGAAGGAAUCAUGCAGAAUUUAGAAUUGUCUCCGGACAAUAAAUGGGCUGCUGCUUCCACUAAUAAUUCUGUGUCCAUAUUGUUGAAUAUGCUGACAAGCGAAUACGUAACUAUAGAAAACCCGCUAGAUGAAGGUGAAACAGUGCGUGGUGUCUAUGUUCUUAACCAUCACAUGAUCAUCUACGGACCCCACUCCUGGGUUCAGUACAACACUCGUGGCGAACAUGAACAAACUGUGACUGCGCCGAGCACCGAACCCUACAAUGAUCUUAAUUGGGAAAUAUUGUCAAUAGAAAUGAUUGACCUCGAGAACCUAUUUGUCGUGAUGUGGAGCGGCGACUUGGAUAAUGAUAGACUUCUUGUCCACUUCUGCAAAGAUAGUGCGUGGGUUCAGCCCCUGAGGUGCCGAGGAGCUGUGGCCUUCAACAAACAUUGGACACGAAUAUACUCUAGCGAUCCAGAGAGAGGUUAUCAGGUAUCGGCGUACGAAUUAAAUGAUGACAAAUCGUCAUGGGUGAAGGUUGAGGAGUUAUAUCAUCAGGAAACUGAUACGGCAGAAGCGAUGCUGCAGCUAAAACGAGGAAAGAAAGAUAGAAUGCUGCUAGCCACAACAACCUAUAGUUUUGUUGUUUGGGACUUCAAUAAUUAUAUACCCCGAGAGAGUCAUGAAUCGAAUAAACUGAAUAUUGGUGAUGAUGAUGAAAAUAAAGAGAAUGGAGAUGAAGAAGAACCUGAAAAAGAUCUAAGUAAGGAAGGUAUAGUUUUAAAACUGCCCCACACUAUUCGGAACAUAUCAACAAAAAUGACAUUGUCUAAUUCUUUCAUGAUCAGUAAGAAUUACAAGUACGCCGUUGCUGGAGUGAGAAAGAACUUAUACGUUUGGAGUCUGGAAACAACAAAACUAAUUAAAGUUCUAGAUGCACAUUUUGGCAGAAUAGUUCAGCUGGAGCCUCUGACAGUAGGCACUUGGAAUAAUGUUAUCACUUCAUCGAUUGAUAGAACUGUCAAAAUAUGGAACAUUGAUAACAUAUUUGAGCAAGUUCAUAAGAUUGAUCGUCAGGAAUUACCCAUUGAAUCAAUAAGUUUGGCCCGAGAUAAGCAACUUGCUGUGACAGUAACUCGCAGUUGUUGGGGACUUUGGGAUACUAGCACGGGGAAACUUCUAGCACAAUUGGCUGACGCACCACUUGGAGCAAUCGUAACCCAUGCUAGUAUUACUCCAAGCGGGGAAAAUGUGAUCACUGCUGAGUCUGGCAAUGUCGUUAUCUGGGAUGUUGCAGAAAAGCAGGUAUUAUUCAAAGAAGAACAGAAGGGCAUAAAACAGUUGCUUUUGCUGGAAGAUGGAACAAAACUUAUAACAAUAUCAAUGCAUGUUCCAACUGAUAACGUGGAUAAUAUGGCUACUGCUCAUAUCAUCGCCAGAAUGGUACCAGAUGGAGAUAAAAUCUAUGCAGUGGACUAUGAUGUAAGGGGCACAGGGUACAAACAAGCAGUGGUGUCUGCUGAUGAGCAUCAUAUCGUAGCGCCAGGAGUUGAUAAGACUUCUAAAGAAUGUCUUCACAUAUUUCAUGCUAGAACUGGCGCUCGGUUACAUAGGAUUGCAGUAAAGAAUAGUGGAGUCAAAGACAUGCAAUCUAUUGUGGCUCUUCCACACAAACCACACUGGGUCGGUGUGGUGGGUAAUGACAAAGCUGGAAUAUUGGAUAUUAAAACGAAACGCCACGUCAGAUUCGUACCCCGAUGGAACGGUGCAUGCACCAGGGAUGGAAAAACUGGACUUUGUGCUCCUACUCGAGGGGGAUUAGAUUUAAUAGAACUGAAGCGUGGAACAUCAGUACAACAGCUGAUAUCCAGAGCUGCAGAAGGAGUUUUCUCUAUCAUCACGAUGUUUAGCUCUACAGAUGACUAUGUCUUCUAUUACCAUAGCGGACGGAAGACUUUGAGAAUUUUCAGAACGUUAGACGGUCGUGCCAUAGCCGAGUACCGAGCUCCGGCUGAAGUCAGUGCUGUCGCGAGUGCACACGGGGGCCGAGCACUAGCUAUAGCGUCACAAGAUGGCUGCCUCACUAUUUUGGAUAUUGUUGAUCCAUACAAAUAAAAAAAAAUAACGCUUUGGGACUGAUUUUGUUGGAUAAUGCAUAACACUUAGAUUAAGGGUUGGUCUCCGCUGCGGUCCAAGUAGAUACCGCAGGCGUAAUCCCAAAGUGCGGCAACUAAUACUAUAGUAUUAGUUGUGGCACGUUGGCGUGCCACGUUCUGUUAAACUUUGCUAAUAAUUGACACUUAAAUACCGGUAAUUAAAACUUUGUAAAAAUAUUACUACAAGAAAUAAGAAAGACACUGGGAUCGCAUAUCAUCUGUAAGUAUUUGUAUUUUAUUAAUUUCUAUCUAUAUAGCAUCUAAUAGCUGCCGUUAUAAAAAAGCUAUUGUAAGGUAGUGCGGUAUCUAGUUAGAGCGCAGCGAAGACCAAUCCUUAAUCUAAGACAUAACACUUUAUAGACAAGCUUUCACUAUUUAAAUUAUUUAAAUAAAUAAUAAGAUUUAUAAUAUAAUGUAAUGGUUAUAUUAUAAUAUAUAAUCAUAAACUAAGAAUGUAUUACUAGUUUUUAUUUAUUAAUGUGUACGUUAGCGUGUGGCUGACUGUUUACAACUUGUCAAUCAAAAUUGGUGACAAUAGAUGCGCUUACCCAUUCUAUCUUACUGGAUCUCCAUAAGAGAGUUCUUCUCUUGCAUGCUUUGU